AUGGCAGUUACCGAGUAUACAUCUAUGUUUAAGGAACUAGUGAAGUUUUUUCCAUACUGCAAUGGUGCGGCUGUGGAGGGGUCGAAGUGCAUCAAGUUUGAAAACAGACUGUGUCCCAAGAUUAAGCAAGGUAUUGGUUAUCACGAGAUUCGUAGGUUUCCUACACUAGUGAUCAAGUGUAGGAUAAAUGAUGAGGAUAUCAAGGAUCGUUCUGCUUACUAUAAUAGCAUUAGUGAGAGGAAAGGGAAGAAUCAGUAUUGUGGAAAGUCUUAUAGUACUCCAGCUGACAAGGGGAAGCAGAGAAUUUCUGAUGAUAAAAAGCCAAGUGAGGGAGACACUCCCGCUUUUGUCAAGUGGUUUAAGUGUGGCGAGUUGGGACACCGUGCUAAUGAAUGCAAGAAUAACAUUAUGAAAUGCUUCAAAUGUGGGAAGACAUGUCACAUAUUACACAUUUCAAGAGUGUUGGGAUGA